CUACCUGAAGGAUUUCAAUGUUUGUUCCCGCCUACUCCAUGCUCGCGAGCCAGCUAAAGCGGGACGUUGUCGCUCUAUGAACACAUUCGCCUCGGCACGCGCACCAGCGACGUUACGCAGUCGGUAUAUGGUUUUUACGGUGUCAUGUCCAACUGCUCGAUUCUCUGCCGCCGACCCUCGUUUAAUAAUAAUAUCCGUCAGCCUUGCUUUGUUACACCCGGCAUCACGUAGAGACCCCCGAAACGGGAAUCUCCUCAACUUAUUGCUUGCACACAUUUCACAGAAACCCCACUCAUUGGGGUCUGUGUUCGUAAGUCCACGAAUCCGCGUGGCUGAGGGUAGUACGGCAACGUCACUCAGCUGGAAGGCUUCUUUCCGAGCUCCUUAUAUUAGCGCUCAGUGGUCUGCCUUGUGCACUCUCGGAUGCUGGAGAGCAGUUCGGGGGCUUUCCAAUGGUUGGUGAGGAAAGCAGUGGCUACCUCUGUAUUACCUGGCUGAAGGUGCACAACAUUUAGGUGAGCGCUGGUUUCCAUAUCUUUGCCUUGGGCCUCUCGUCUG